GAGUGUACAAUUCGGUGUUGGUGUUAAAUGAAAAAUAACGUCAAGAGCCAGUGAAACAGACACGGGUUUGGACGGAAUCGGUAGAAGAGCAGUGGUGAAGAGGAUGAUGAUUAUCAUCAUCGCACAUUCAUCUCGGUGAAUUAUUUUGUUGAUAUAAAAACAUCUAGCUAAAUGGCGGAUUCGAGGUAGUGAGGGGUGAUAGACCGGAAAAUGGGAACUGGACAUGCAGUGAGGUACUGACACCGGUGUGAAAAACGGGAGAGGAAGAAAAGUGAGAGUGGAGACCAGUCAUCAUAUCAAAGCUGCUUUCCAGAAAGCAGACAACACGUCCCACAUGGGAAAUGACAAAAAGGGUGAUGGCGGAGGGAUAACGGCAAGGACUCUCAGCCCUUCCACCCCAAUGUGACCCUGUGUCUUCCUUUUUAUCUUAUUUCCUCUCCCCAUUUUUUUAUACUUUCCUGUUUUUCUCAAUUUCCCCCUGAACCAACUCACUCUCUUGUUCCUCUAUUUCAUGGAGGACAGCCAAGCCGAUAACAACAAAGCACAUGUCCAUCUCCGUCCAGCAAUAGAGGUUCUGGAUCGUUCUCCUGUCUUGUUAUUGAUCACACAAUGAUUGGAUGAGAAUCCAUCCUCUGAUGUCAUUGGGCCAUGGUUCGCAAGAGAGGCUCCCUUAUCUUGUGUGGAGCAUUCCUAUUCGUCGCCUGCAAUGGCUUGCUUCUCCUGUUCCUUUGGGGACGAACUCCCAUUGGUCGCUUUGGGGAAGGGGGCGGGGCUGAACCAGGAGGGCGGGAAGAGUGGGGUGUGGCCAAAAUAAAAGGGGGUGGGACUAAUCUGGCAGGCGAGGUGAUCCGAUUGGCCGAAGAGGUAGAAUCGGAACUCGAGACCCAGAAGGAACUUCUGAAGCAGAUUCAGAGUCACAGGUCACUGUGGGAAAAGAGGAGAGGGAUGGGAAAAAGACAGACGGAUGGAGGGAAGGUAGAAAAUAAAGAGGAGGAACACAAACCUCCGCCACAGGUGUCUGCAGUACCUCCAAAGGACGAUUCAGAGAACAAGGACCAAAGUCAAGAGGAAAAUACACCGGAAUUGAUCAUUACAGCGGUCCGAGACCCUAAAGUAGACACACAACUGGACGAUGAAAUAAAAGAGCUGACCGACACCAAAUUGGAUGUUACUGUCAUCAGCCCACAAGUUGUCAUUCCCAUAUUGGUCAUCGCCUGUGACAGGGUGACCGUGAAAAGGAGUCUUGACAAGUUGAUCCAAUACCGCCCCUCUGCAGAACUCUACCCAAUCAUAGUUAGUCAGGACUGUGGCCAUGCUGAGACUGCCCAAGUGAUUGGCUCAUAUGGCAGUCAGGUGACCCACAUUAGCCAACCAGACCUCUCGGACAUCCGGGUACGGCCGGAGCACAGGAAGUUCCAGGGCUACUAUAAGAUUGCCAGACACUACCGCUGGGCCCUCAACCAGGUGUUCAACACACUCUCUCACUCCACCGUGGUGAUCGUGGAAGAUGACUUGGAGGUUGCCCCAGACUUCUUUGAGUACUUCCGUGCCCUCCACCCCAUCUUGACCUCUGACCCCACCCUGUGGUGUGCGUCUGCCUGGAACGACAAUGGCCGGGAGGGACUGGUGGACCCUGGGAAGGCGGACCUCCUCUACAGGACAGACUUCUUCCCUGGGCUGGGCUGGAUGCUGCUGAAGGACAUCUGGGCAGAACUAGAACCCAAGUGGCCCACAGCCUUCUGGGACGACUGGAUGCGUCACCCUGAGCAGCGUAAAGAGCGCUCCUGCAUCCGCCCAGAGAUCUCCAGAACUAUGACCUUCGGACGCAAGGGUGUCAGCUUGGGUCAGUUCUUUGACCAGUAUCUGCGUUAUAUUAAACUCAACACUGACUUUGUGCCUUUCACCAAACAGGAUCUGUCUUACUUGAUGAAGGACAACUUUGACGUGAACUUUGUGAAGCAGGUUUACAGCGCCCCUCUGAUUAAGGUGGAGGAGCUACAACAAGGGGGUGGUUUGACGGGAACUGGUCCGUACCGGGUGCAAUAUUCCAGCCGGGACAAUUUUAAGGUUCUGGCCCGUAACUUAGGGGUGAUGGAUGACUUGAAAUCGGGGGUUCCCCGUGCGGGUUACAGGGGCGUGGUCAGCUUCCUGUCCCGUGGACGACGGGUCUUCUUGACCCCACCUGAGGGAUGGACAAAGUACGACGUCAGCUGGAGCUGAGAGGUUUGAACAGGACUUAUUGCGAAUGUUAUCGAAGACAGACUCGACAGAGAGGAACACCUUCUUCUCAAACCAAAGAAAACAAAAACAAGCUAACAUGAAGGAGCUGAAGCUAAACAGACAGGUGAGGGAAGGGAUAUGUGAUAGUGUGGCACAGUGUGACACAGGGCAACACCCAGGCAGUGAAACCACAGAACGUCUCACAGAAAUUACAAACCAUUUAAUGCUUGGUUGUUCUCCUGCUAGAGCUGGAACGCUUUAGGGUGGGGGUGUCGAACUCAUUCCAUGGAGGGCUUAGUGUCUGCUGUUUUUUUAUUAUUUUAAUUAAGACCUAGACAACCAGGUGAGGGGAGGUCCUUACUGAGACCUAGACAACCAGGUGAGGGGAGUUCCUUACUGAGACCUAGACAACCAGGUGAGGGGAGUUCCUUACUGAGACCUAGACAACCAGGUGAGGGGGGUUCCUUACUGAGACAUAGACAACCAGGUGAGGGGGGUUCCUUACUGAGACAUAGACAACCAGGUGAGGGGAGUUCCUUACUGAGACCUAGACAACCAGGUGAGGGGGGUUCCUUACUGAGACAUAGACAACCAGGUGAGGGGGGUUCCUUACUGAGACCUAGACAACCAGGUGAGAGGAGGUCCUUACUGAGACCUAGACAACCAGGUGAGAGGAGGUCCUUACUGAGACCUAGAUAACUAGGUGAGGGGAGUUCCUUACUGAGACCUAGACAACCAGGUGAGGGGAGUUCCUUACUGAGACCUAGACAACUAGGUGAGGGGGGUUCCUUACUGAGACAUAGACAACCAGGUGAGGGGGGUUCCUUACUGAGACAUAGACAACCAGGUGAGGGGGGUUCCUUACUGAGACCUAGACAACCAGGUGAGGGGAGUUCCUUACUGAGACCUAGACAACCAGGUGAGGGGAGUUCCUUACUGAGACCUAGAUAACUAAGUGAGGGGAGUUCCUUACUGAGACCUAGACAACCAGGUGAGGGGAGUUCCUUACUGAGACCUAGACAACCAGGUGAGGGGGGUUCCUUACUGAGACAUAGACAACCAGGUGAGGGGAGUUCCUUACUGAGACCUAGACAACCAGGUGAGGGGAGUUCCUUACUGAGACCUAGAUAACUAGGUGAGGGGAGUUCCUUACUGAGACCUAGACAACCAGGUGAGGGGAGUUCCUUACUGAGACUUAGACAACCAGGUGAGAGGAGGUCCUUACUGAGACCUAGAUAACUAGGUGAGGGGAGUUCCUUACUAAUCAGUGACCUUAAUUAAUCAAUCAAGUACAAAGGAGGAGUGAGAACCCGCAGGCACUCGGCCCUCCGUGAAAUGAAUUUGACACGUGGUUUACGGUUUGCUUCAACGUGAUGUCUUAAACCUAAAGUUUGAUUACGUGAAUUCAGAGACUUGGUGUUUGUGUUUUUUUUCUGUGUCACCAGAUCUUAAAAGAUCCAAAUGGCUCCCUGUUUACUGCACUACCUUUUGACUAGGAACCAUAGGGCUGUAGUAUAAAGUAGUGCACUAGAAGGAUCCAUUUAGGACAGCCUCUGUCUACAUUCUAUUCUCAGAUGUCUACUUUAAAAGAACUUGCAGUAUUCCACUCACUCAAAGUGAAUGAAUGAGGUCGAAAUAUUAGUUAGACUGGUAUUAAACUUUUAUCAUAAAUAUAUAAUCUGAUUUAUUCUUAAAAUGGGAAAAAAAAGUACCAUGAUUUUUUUGGGGAGGGGGAAAUACUAUUUUGGGAAUGAUUUAUUUAUCUCUUGUAAAUGGUUUUCUAAAGAGAUGAUCAGAGGUUCAUACAUUGCCUUGCAGCGAGCCAGUUUAACACCUGUAUGUGACAUUAUGUUGUGCUCAUAUCAAAUGGCACCCUAUUCCCUAUAUAGUGCACGACCUCUGUCCAGAACCUUAUGGGCUCUGGUCAAAAGAAGUGCACUAUAAAGGGAAAAGGGUGCCAUUUGGGACGUCCAUAUACUUUAGCCCCUUUUUCAAAAUGAAUAAUUCCAUGACAUUCAAACGGUGGUCUGCUACAGUUGUGUUUGUUGAAGAAAACAACAACAAUGAUCAUGAUUGUUUUCCAUGUGUUCUUGAUUUACGUGAUGGGGCGUAACUGGGUGAUACCUGACGGGUGCUUUUAAUUCAUGUCCUUAGUUCUGUGGUGAUUGAUUGUCAGGAAGAUCGAUUCAUAUGUCCUAAAUGGUGAUGUGUAAGAACCACUGCCUGACGUGUUUAUAACUUGAAUACGUUGCAAAUAAAACGGACUAUUUUGCUA